AUUCUUGAUUCCCUCGUAUAUAUAAAGAACCUGAGAACUGCGAGUGAAGAUGUCUUUUGUCACUCAGACUCUAUAGCUGAUCUAUAGCUGAACUGUCUGUAUUUAAUUCCCUCGUCAGUUAAAUUUAUUUUCACCAUGUCGAAAAUUUCGAUUCUUUUGAUUUUGAUCGGUUCAAUGUCUUCCGCUUUGGCGAGCUUCAAUCCCCACGGCCAGCCGCUAUUUUCCACGGUGACAUCUUACACUUUGGAAAUAGCGAAGGUUACGGUCAACAAGUCGACACCCUGUUACAUCACGGAAGGCCAAGUGACCCAAUGUCGACGGAAGCGCGGGAUGGAAGAGAGGCCAUUGAUUCUCCAAUUCGACAAUGAUUACGACGCCAUCGCUCCAUCCGCUGUUGUGAAGAUUGAAUCCACAGCUGUUCCUCGUUCCAUGAGUCCAAUGGACAUUUACAGAGGAAACAAGUUAAUGGCCAACAAGGUCUACAGUUCGUUCGAUGAUUCUUUCUACAACACCCAAAAUAAUAUCCGGCAACUGGCGAUCAGGGGCCGGAACAACGUCAUCUCAGUCGGCAACUGCGGAAUGUCGACCGUCAACUUUAGCGAAUUCCUGUCUUGUUUGGGAAUGACUGUCCAGGAAACGACCACACUGACGGCCACUUUUACCGAAACUUCAAUCCGGUCCACUGGUUACCAUACCUGGACUGUGAUGGGCUGCACUCCGGCCGGAUUCCCUUAUCAAUACUGCCCUAGCGACUCUACUCCUGAGGUGACCGGUCUAAUCCAAUCAUCCACGAUCGAUUCUAUCGACACCGGAUCAACUGCGACCGAUCCUAACGCCACCGGAUCAACUAAUACGGCCGAUUCUAUCGACACCGGAUCAACUACGGCCGAUUCUUCCGAAGCUGGAUCAACUACGACAGAUUCUUCCGACGCUGGAUCAACUACAAUCGAUUCUACCGACAUUGAAACAACUACCGAUUUUGUUUCGACUGAUACCAGUAGCCCCACUACUACGACCGAGCAAAUUGCACCUUGAAUCCUUGUUAUAAGAAGACAAAUUCCUGCUGUCAAAAAUCAAACGAUCAUUUGAUGCGAGGCAUUUUUAUUUACCUUUGCAGUUUUCGAAUAUAAUAAUAGAGUAAGUUGGCCGUAAUUUAAUAUUUAAAAUCCAUUGGCAAAUCAGAAUCAUGUCUAAAUGAAUAUUCCCCAUCAAAUGAUUCACCAAUUGUCCACACUA